AUUUAGUUAAUCGUCCUCCUUUUUACAGUGCGGAUUUUCCUGGAACCGUUGUCUGCUACUGUUUUGAAUCGUUAAUAAUUUAUUUUAAAAUGCAAUAACACUGAAGCCACGUUGUGCCAGUUUGUCAAGGUUGCUUUUCCUGUGUUGUUUUUAGCUGCUAAUUCGCACGUUUACUGCGAUGGCCUCAGAUGGCAGCCUCCCUGAAGAGCAGUUCCUGUGUUCAAUCUGUCUGGAUAUGUUCUCUGAUCCAGUCUCUACUCCCUGUGGUCACAACUACUGCAAGACAUGUAUCACAGGGUACUGGGACAGCAGCGGCCAAAUACAGUGUCCCAUCUGUAAGCAAAGCUUCGGCAGUCGACCACAGCUCCAGGUCAACACAGGCUUCAGGGAUAUGGUGAAGCAUCUCAAGAGCAUGAGGGUGAAGGCGGAAGGUGAGAUACUUGUCAGACCAGGAGAAGUGCCUUGUGACAUCUGCGUCGGACCAAAGCUCAAAGCCCAGAAGACGUGUCUGGUGUGUUUGGCUUCGUACUGCGAGGGUCACCUCGAGCCUCACCUGCGGGUGGCAAGUUUCAAGAAGCACAAGCUGACCGAGCCCGUGCCAAACCUGGAGGACAGGGUGUGUACGAAGCACGACAAGAUGCUGGAGCUCUUCUGUCAACCAGACCAGGUGUGCAUUUGUUUCAUGUGUUUGAAAGACGACCAUGUGGGUCAUAAAGCUGUUCCACUCGAGCAAGCCCACAGGGAAAAGGCAGCACAGCUCCAGAGUGCAACGUCAGGGAUGAAAAUAAUGGAAGAAGCUAAAUCCAGUACUGUUAAAGAAGUCAAAGACUCAAUCCAGCAGAGGAGGGUUAAGUCAGACAGUGAUAUAUCGAGCAUCAAUGCAUUUUUCGCGCUUCUGGUGGCCUCUUUGAAAUGUAGGCAGUCAGAGCUGAUUGGGGUGAUCCAGGAGAAGCAGAAAGAAGCAGAGACGGAAGCCGAAAGGCGAGUCGCACAGCUGGAGCAGGAACUUGCCGAGUUGAGGAGGAGAAGAUCUAAAAUGGAGCAGCUUUUACAAACAGAGGACAAUCUCCACCUGCUGCAGAACUGGCCAUCCCUUCACCUACCCACACACACUGAGGACCUUUUCAGCCCUGCACCACAGCAACUUCCUGAUAGCAGUCCUCAGAUCUAUGCGGGGAUUGUGAAAAAAGCCGUGGAACGGAUGGGAAAGGCAAUCACUAAUGAGAUGGAGUUGCUCCUCCAUGAGGUCAGGCUGUCUGAUAGCUGUGAGGUACCUAAAACAGAAGAUGCAACUGAAGAACCGAUGAUGGCUGUUGCUUUCAUUCAGGAUUUGUCGAAACCUGAGGAUAAGCUGGCGAUGAUUCAGCAGUGCCAUACAGUGAACGUGAAAUUGAAUGUGUUCACGGUCUCCACUGGACUUGCGCUGUCUGAGGAUGGGAAGCGGCUGGGAUUUCAUCAGGACACGUGGGUUUACCCUGCUGAUCUCACUUAUAAUUCUGAACAACCCCCUUUUGUCCUGGCGACUGAGGGUUAUUCCUCAGGCAAGUUCUACUAUGAGGUUCAAGUCCAUGGCGUUGGCAACUUUUGGGUGGGUGUGGUCAAUCCGACCGUGUCAAACAAAGGAUGCUGGAUACUUGCAUUGUACACCACCAGUUGGGAGUGCUAUUCAGUUUUUGACACAUCUCGCUCAGAAACCCUGUUCCUGAGACAGAAACCGGAGAGAGUUGGAGUGUUUGUGGAUUAUGAAAACAAAGAGGUGUCCUUCUAUGACAUGGAUGCCAAGACUUUGAUCUACUCCUUCACCGGAUGCAAUUUCACUGACGCUUCCAUACUGAGGUCUUUUCUCAGUUCGAUGGCCGGUGGUUUUUUAAAUUCAAGGCAAAAGCUCUUUCCUGCCUUUUCGAUUUUUGGGGCUGCUAACGGCAGUGAACUAGUAAUCACACAUGUAGCUGAAACACCUUAAAGUUCCUCCAGAACAAAGGCCCGUAAUUGGACUGACCAACUUCUAUUCAGGACAACACCCAUUCUACAUAAGGACACAAAAUAAUUUGAACCAGCAUACAUCAACAGAACAUCUUUGGUUUUUCAUGGAGUUCCUGCUUAGUUCCUUAAAAAAUCUGCAGGUUGCAAAAUUGUUUCGAAAGCAUCAAGUGGGCAUACCAAACUUUGUUCCUUCCUUCUGAUUUUUUUUAUCCUGAACUUUUUACAAACAUAUAGAUCAAAUGUACAGUCAGGUAAAGUCAAAAGAGAACAAAACAUGAAAAAAAACUGAAAAACAGCAACAAUAACAUGGAGAAAUACUUUUGCUUGUGUGAUUUUUUUUUUCAUAGUAAUGUGCCUGCAGGCAGGAUGCAAUGUAGGUGUUUGACCAGAAGGUGGCACCAUUAUUUAUUAAUCAAGGGUCUGCUCAACUUAUAUUCUUAUAUCUAUAUUCUUUCUUUAUAUCACUUUAUCCAGUGUAGGGCCAUCAGGGGCUGAUGCUGCUGGCUGCAGUUUAAUUCAACUUACACUAUGUACAGAUCCUCAGUUCAUCACAUGGACCCAACACACACUCACAGAGAGAUAAUCACACACGCAUUCACAGCUUUAGGCAUGUCAGAGUCAGUAAUUAGCUGCAAAUGCAUGUUUCUGGACUGGACAUUGGAGCACCUGAGAGAACAUGCAAACUCCACUCAAAAGAUCAAACUCAAAUUUGGAGAUUUUCACUAGUAGGUGGGAAUACUAGCUCCUAAUCCACUACUAUGUGGUCUUUAUGUAAAAAUGAAGUGAUAACAACUGUCAAUGAUGGCGAUUUUUUUCUCACAGUUAAUAAGUGUAUAUCUAAGCAUUAAUUUUGGAACACAUUCUUUUUUUUGCGUCAUUUGAUUGAAUUUAACUAGAGUAUCAUAAGCAAUAUAUCAUUUCUUGUACUUCUGUCAGCCUUUUGCAGCUAUUUAAUCACUUCUCUGUUUUUAAAAAAAUAUGGUUAUGAAUGCAAGGCAAUGCAAUAAUCAGAAUGCUUGAACAAAAAUACAAUACAACAGCUUUAAAACGUGUUUUACUUCUGUUGAAAAUGUUAUGUAAGAUGCUACUCAGAAUUCACGUCUGUUCUGUUACAUUACAGUGAGUUACAUGAUUUUGUUCUCCUUUUUGUUUCGUAAUUGCAUGACUUUCUGUUCAGAUCUGCAGAAUUAAAGCCCCAAUAUAAAAGCAAUAAAACUGCCGCAAACAAAGAAUUUUGUAUGUAUUUUUAUUUCAGAACUCUACUUGAAGUCUUCACUGUGAGAGAAAACAGAGAAAGAAGUCAACACAGUGAAUAAAUCCUCACUGUUCAUUAGGAUAGCAGAAGAUUGCAUUGGUCCGUCGCUCCUAAUGUGUUUCUGUAAAGGGGAACUUUAGCCAGCGCACUUUUUAUACCUCAACUGGCUGACUGACUGGCGCCCAGGGAACUGGGACACAGUGUAUGUUUGUGUUGGUCUGCGUAUGUGUGUGUGUGUGUGUGUCAUUUUUACAUGUUUACAAUUUGCUUAAAGAGGCAUACAUGGUUGUUGUGCUGUUGAACUCUGACUUUAAAACAGAAAUGAUUUCUUUGCUGCAAUAAUAAACUAUCAAAAAUGCA